AACGUACAACUUUUAGCGGCUUAUUCCCGUCUUUCACACGCCUACUCCACGUCCACUUUGUAAGCAUCGAUUGCCACCCGGGACUAUUUGUUCAUCAGGGUCCUCUUCAACCUGGAGACGGCAAAAAAAAAAAGCCAUCAACAAGCAAUCUUGGCACGGUUUACGGGGAAAAGCGAGCAAGUGCGAACGAACACGGUACCACCGGUCUGCUAUUUUUGCCAUUCAUUCUGUAUCUUGCCCCUUGCUUGGUGGCAGGACAAACCACCAGACAGUCAGCCUAUAUCAGCGCAAGCAAGCAGAAACAAAAGCCACAUUCAGCCUGCCACCCUGAAAACACUGUGGAAAACUACAAAAGAAAAGCACGCCAAAAAAGGACACAUCAUAUCAAUUGAAUCCGACGCAACAACUACCUAUCUUUCGCAUCGAUAUAUUUUUUUCGUCUGAGCGACAUACAAAUCGCAGUCGCCCAAGGCCUCAAAUCAAGACCAGAUCACGCUCGCUCGAGCUUAUUCUGGAUGCUCCGAGUCGGGGAUGUGAUUGCCACAUUAGUCAUUUACUUACACCGCCAGACGCCCCUAGACAGCCAAGCAACCCGCAGUUACGAGACGGGAAGCGACGGUACCCUCGACUCAUAGCACCCGCGACUUCCGUCCUGCCGACGUCGAAAAGGGUGUACUGUAAGAAACCAGGGACAUUGGAUCGUCUACACUGCGAGUUUGCUUUCCCGGUCGGAGUGUGUUUCCGGGGAAUCCACCGUUUUCAUUUCCCUCGGACAGCCUGGGAACCCUUCCUUUCCAAAAGUCGAUCAAUUAUUAUUGCUUGCAAUAUUCACCCAGCAUUAAUUUCCUCUCCCUUUGCAUUUUCACUUACUCCGUACGACACGGCACACCCACUUCUCGCCUCCCGUUUGUCGUCCGUCCGUUCUGCACUCUUUCUAUUCCAAACAAAGUCACCAUGAAAAAGGGCGCUCUCCGUGGUUGGUUUAGUUCAAGUACCGAGGCCCCGUCCGACAAGGGUAAGCCAGCCAAUACCAGCAGCGACAGCCGCCCAACUCGCAUCAGCGCCAUCUCGAGCCGCAGCAGCUCCAGUGCAUGUCCCAGUCCUAGACCCUCGCCCGGCGGAGCCCGACCCAGCACAGUGGCAGCGCCAGGAGGAAAGCGUAGCAGUGACACCACCACUACUACUACCACUUGUAACAAUACCGCCGCCCCGACUAGUACCGACAACACCACCACCACAACCACAACCACAACUACUACAACCACAACCGCUAGAAAUCACGAUAUUAACAGACGUUAUCGCGCAUCUCGCAUCGACGACGACAACAACAACAACAACAACAGGGGAGUAUCAUUUUCUCGCUCCAUAUCCCCCUCCGGACUUUACCAGUCCACCUCGUCGGCCUCACCUUCUCCUCAGCCGCCCACCCCUACUGCAGAACGUCGCGCCAGCAUUUCGCGCACCAAGCCCAGACCCAUCGCCUUUCCGGGUUCACAGUCGCCGUCGCUGCGCCUUUCCAGCCUACGAGAGUCGCUGCCAAACUUCGACCAAGAAGACUUUGGCGGCUUCAUUCACGACGACACUAGAGACGACAUUGUGGUAAUCGACGACUUUUUUCGUCCUUCUUCUCUGAGCGACCCCAAGACCGCCGCCGAUAUGACUGCCGGCCCUAUAGACUCGGCCAUGGGCCGCAGUCGCCAGGACUCGUUUGUCUCUGCUGGCCCCAAGCCCAUUUCUAUGAUCAACCCCAAUCGCGCAGACAACCGCCCAAGGCGAGAGAGCGUUGCUGGCAGUUUGAUGGGUGGCAUGAGCUGGGGAGGCAUGUCUGUUAGCAGUUUCAUUCGCGACGAGAUACAGAUGACGGGGACAUCACCAUACCCAACCCAUCAAUCGCCCUCACACCACUCGUCCUCAUACAUCCCAAAACUCGAAGCAAAUUUCAUGCGCAACUUUACAUGUUGCGACAGGACAUGGCCGACCAUGCACGAUCUCCUGACUCAUUAUGAGGAAAGCCACACAAACGGCGCGCCGUCCGAGCGCAACGGCUCCCAGAUGAACGCCAAUGCCAACCAGCAAACCCCCAAAACGCCCGCACGGGCCUUGGCGAGCACGUCGACAUUCGGCACGCCACAGACCGCCCGUCCUAGCCAAGGACAAGGCCAACAGACUAGGCCUGGUGGCGUUGGUGCUGCGGGCACGGCCGCUUUGGGUAUGGGUGGACUCCAACAGUUGAUGCGCCAGCAGCAGCAGCAGCAACAGCAGAACACCAACCAAAAGCAAACAGCCUCUUUGUCGCAGUUACAGAACGACGACUUGGACACGGUACACGACAUGGAGAUGGACGAUCCGGUCGGUACUAUGGACCUAGAUGAUGGUGAGGGAGACGCUGGAAAUGCGUCCAUUCAGCAAACCCGUCAGUUGUUCGGUCAGCAACAACGGAAUCUGCCACUGAACAAUGCCUCUGGUCUUGUGCAUCAAGGCCUGCGAACUUCGCAGCCUUCCACGCCGCUUGCCGGCAAUUUCAACUUCCAAGACCCGACCGUCUCCUCGGUGAACACGCCGACUCUCACCACCCACGGACUACCGCAAACGACGCAGGGCCAGUUUGCGAAUACUUCAUUCGCCUCGAUGGACAGCGACAUGGACGAAGAAAUUCCCGGAAUGCCGAUGCAAAUGAACCUAGGCAACAUGAAUCUGAACUUCGGUGGUUUCGAUACUAGCAACUUGAACUGCAUACAGGACCCAGGCAAGCGCCUGUUCAGUCCAGGAGGGGCAACACAGGCCCAGCAGCAGCAGCAACAACAGCAGCAGCAGCAACACCAGAGAGAGCAGCAGAUUCUGAGGAAUCAGCAGCUUCUCCAGCAGCAGCUUGCCCAGUUCAACCUCGAAACCCAGCAAUUCCCACCGGGUACCAACACGGAAGCACUUCUAGCUCAGAUGAGGGAGAUGAUGAUGCCCGAGGAGAACAAGCCGUACAAGUGCCCUGUCAUUGGUUGUGAGAAGGCAUACAAGAACCAGAACGGACUGAAGUAUCACAAGACACAUGGACAUGCUACACAGCAACUGCACGAGAACGGUGAUGGUACUUUCUCGAUUGUCAAUCCAGAGACGUCUGCUCCUUAUCCUGGAACCAUGGGUAUGGAGAAGGAGAAGCCAUUCAAGUGUGAGGCUUGUGGGAAGCGCUACAAGAAUUUGAACGGCCUGAAAUACCACAAAGCACACUCUCCUUUCUGCGACCCUGAGCUCAAACUACAACAACAAAACGCUUUGGCGGUGGCCGCAGCGGCCGCGGCUCUGAACCAAAAUCAACUCGCGCUGAACCUUGGCCUGAUCCACGGCGGUGGCGGCGGUGGCCUGCCCAACAUCAACGAGGACACCCUGUUAUAAAGCACGAUGUGUUGAGUGCUACCCGAGGGUAUCAUCCACAUGCCUUUUGCUGCCUAUUGCCGCUUCACUAUUUCACACCCUUGCAUUUCCAAUCGUGGCGUUCUGCAUAUCAACUAACGUGAGUUGGGCGGCAUUAUUCUAUGUCUGCUUUGGUGCUUUUUCCCUUGCCUUUGUCAUUUCCUCUCAAAGCAUGUUUGGAGCAAUAUACCCCAUCUCUCCCCUAAUUAUAGACUAGCAUGGCAUACGCGCCUGGACUGCUGCGAGCUUUUCUGCUUCGUUGCCGACCUUUAGUGUACCAUUAUGUUUGGGUACUCGGGCUCGACUUGGAUGGGGGGCGGUUCCUGUUUGAUUGUCCCUAGAGGGCUUGCAAAAAUUCUCUUUUCUCUGGUACAUUCUAUUCAAAAACGAUACACAAAAGCUUUUAUGGUGUUGCUUUUUCCUUUUUUUCACUUUGAAAGAGGUGGCUUGUACGGAGUAUAAUGCAUUUUUUAUUUCUUGUCUCUAAUUUCUCUGCCAUGUUCAAGGAGGCAGUUACAAAAGUCAAAAAGGGGCUUCCAAAGGGAGCACAUGAAUAGAAUCCGCUUCUUUAGUUCUCUUCCCUUUUUCCUUGUAUCUGCUUAUACUGCUCGAUACAGCGAGCUGAGAUAUACACAUGAAAGUGAUACCUCUGGUGUCAAGGUGUAAUAGAGCUGUCAUGGACUGGAUGAGUAGCCAAAAAAAAAAGAAAGAAAGGCUUUGAACUUGAUUGCAAACGAUUUCCGGCGCUGAAUGUGACUGAAACGAUUCUGGAGCUGCUGUUUCUCUGUAAGAGUGUGGUCGAUAGAUAUGUACCUACCAACCUAGUUAGCUUUUACCUAUUUGAAUGCAG